AUUCACGAACACCGCGUGGCCGAGCUUCGUUUUGCAUCGUUUGUAUGUUUGCAUCGUUAGCGUUUCUGACACUGCAGUGUGCGCUGCGGUGUUGUGAUGUGAAGGCGGUGAAUCACCGAUUUUAUUAAUUCGGAGUCUGUACAGUAAAGAUCAUUUGAAUUUGGGCAAACAUGGAUCCAUUUAACCAGCUGUUAGCUGCCCUACCACCAGAUGAAUUUAAACUACUAUGUAGGAAUCAUGGAGUGAAUUCCUGGAUGAGUGCAGAUGAAGACAGUGAUAUCAAUGAGAGUAAAAUAACUGUUGAAAUUUUGGAAAGAAAUAAACCACCUCCAUAUAAGUUAUCUGAAGAUGUUGCUACCUGCAAGUUGAGACAGUAUAAUGCUAAACAAGAAGAAAUGUGUAAAGAACUAGCUUCUACAAAUGGUCAACAUUUCAAGAUGGCAGCAGUUAAACCAUUAAAAGAAAAAACUAAGAAGAGUAAAAAGCAAGAGGUAAAACAACCAAAACAAACAAAUACCAAACAAAUUAACUCAGCUAUAACACAGGAAUUUCCAUUGACACUUAUUAAUUUCCCAUUCUGUAAUAAGACUCAACCACAACAAAACCCUGUUUCAAAAAUUCCUCAUCAUCAUCUACAACAUAAUGGGAAUGGUUUAUUGCAGAAAGAGAAUUGCACUUCGCCACUGCAUCAGCAGUGGUCACCUGAACAUAUUGCAAAUAUCAAUAAGUUCCUAAAAACGCAACAAGUAAUUAACCCGAAGAAACCAAAGAUAUGUGUAACCAAAGAAAGUAGUACAGACGCAAAUAACAUAAUGCAUUCCAUUAAAAAUCUCAGAAUUACUGACAACGCAGCGUCAAAACUAACGGAGAGUGUGUUUAAAAAACCAAAGAAAACUAAGAAAAGAAAGCAUAUUGUUGAUAAUCCAGAAAUACUUGCCGGUGGUAACAGUUUUUCUCGUCUCGUACCGACUUCAAAUAGUGAUGCAUCCGAGAGUGAGAAGGAACCCGAUGAAGACACAACACCAGCUCGUGUCAUCGUACCAAAGAGCAAGAGGAAAAGGCUAAAUCGACAAAAGAAGAAGCAGCAGCUCAAGAAAUCAAAAGCAAACUCAGCAAGAAAACAGAUUGAUCUGCAAGAGACCGAAGAUCGAUUUAUGUUGCAAGGGGAACCAUACAUGAGGGAAAAUGUAGCUGAUGUGAUCAAUGCACCACCUUGCCUAGUCGAGCGCAGAUUUCGUAUUAUCCAUCCACGGCGAGGUAUACUGUGUUGGCCCAGAAUUGAAAUAUUUAAGGAUCAGUACACCGAAAUGCCUGACCAAGCACCAAGCAGGCAUCAUCAUGUGUUUGAGUGGAUGAUGAGGCAUUUGCAGCAAUUUGUCCACAUCGAUCCCUUGUUAACACGCAUUCAGGUUAACAUCUUUAAGUACAUUCCCGACUUUAAUGGAGCUCAUCAUUGAAGAUUUCAUUGACGCCCUUGACGAACUACAAAUGUGAUUGAAAUUAAUACCAUAUUUAAUGUUUUUAUAACUUACAUAUAUUUAUCUUAAUAUGUUCAUAAAAAAGUAAAUUUUUUAAUGGGAGAAA